AUGGUGGAGUCCCUGGCAUGCCCGCGGUGCACGCGGCACGUCGAGGGGCGAGCCUGCGCGCUGUGCCAGGAGAGCCGCGUGCCGCCUGGGGACGGAAGUCGCGAGGGCUGCCACGCGGAGCGCCCCGAGAUCCCCGCGGAGCGGGAUCACCCGAAGGACGAGUACGCCGGGCCGUGCGGCGGGCCCGACGAUGCCGAGGCGGACCUGCUCGUGGUGCUGCUGUGCCGCGUCGUGGGGGGGCGCGUCCACUACACGGACCAGGACACUCCCGACCCGCACUUCCUGAGCAAGUCCGUGGUGCACGGCUCCUACGACUCGGUGCUGGGCGACCGGGAGAAGCUGAAAGGCACCUUCCGCGAGUUCAUCGUGUACAACAACGAUCAGGCUUACCCGGAGUACAUCGUCAUGUAUCGCAGGAGAUACAUUGAUCCGGCGCCUGAUCCAAAGAAGGCGCCGCCGACGCCGGUGACGACAACGUCAACCAUCUCGUCGGCGACAAUUGCUGCGUCUCACAGGGCCACGACCUCCACGCCGAGGUCCCUCGCCUCUGCGGGCGGAGGGGCGAAGGUGGCCAUAUGA